CUCCAGGAGGAGGGAAAGGGUCUAGUGCUGGCUUCUCCAGGGUCACAACAACUAUCUGAGAUGUGAGGCUCUCAGCCCAGGCGAUCACACUGCACAGACUGAGAACAGGAGACUGAUAUUUGCAGAGGAGAACUUGCUGCUCACACUGAAUUGAGGACCGCGGUUAACAUGCAUUAAUCUUAUAUAAGGAUACAUUAAUACAUGAACUUCUAUUCUAAGAACUGGAAAUGAAACUCUGCGGAUCCUUGUUAAAGGAACAGGAGACCUGUCACACUCGCUUUUCUGGGAACUUGAUGGGAACCAGAAGUUGGUUUAUAAACCCAAAUGGGCAUGUUGGUAAGGGAGGCUCUUGUGAUAGCCUUUGCACAUAAACCGGGGACGGUGUGACUAUUGGAUACUUUACCUGAAUACCUGUAACCUAAACUCUGCUUUUGGGCGACAAGUUGUUGAUUUGAGUCUAAUCUGUAAGUAAUGGACACUUCUUGCUACAUUUAGUUCCCUGGAGCUAAAGAAAUUAAGAAGAUACUCUUCCCCCCUAAUUUUGUAUUAUUUUGCAAAACGUUUAAAGUAGUUUGUUUUUUUUAUGUUUUUUUUUCUUUACCCUUUUUUAAAUACUUUUUUAAAGAUGGCUUUGUCUUGUUUCAUUAUCAGCACAUGGUUUGAAAUUUCCUAUCCUGCACUGACUGCAAGGUACGUUUCUGCAUUAAUAUUUUAUUAAUAACCAGAUAUAUUUAUUUUAUUGCAAGGUGUUGUCAGCCCUCUUUUCUAAUAUUGAUAUGACCUUUGUCCCUUUUUAUAAUUCCUCACAAAUGAAAUUUAAUUUUGUGUAGAAAAAAAAAAAAAUUCAGUCAUCAUAACUUUUUGCAAAUCUGUGUUUUACAUCAAGGAAGAUUUUUUUUCACUUUUUUUUUCUUGUCAGUUCACUCUUUAAUAAACUGUUUAUCACCUUAUAUUACACAGUUAACGAAAUGUAAACUAGCAGUUUAAUGUUCCUGUGUAAUGCUAAUAAUCAUAUGUAUUCCCUAAAUACCAAACUUUGAAUUGACAACUGAUUUGUAAAAUUUAGGCGAUGCUAGCCAGGUUGUGGUUGUAGGUUGAGUUGGAGAAUUUUUCCAAAUUAACCAGUUUUGCCUACAUUUUGCAAAUUAAUUCCGAAUGGCAAAAUUGAGGCAGAAAUAGUCAAUUCCUGACUUUAGCUGAAUUGGAGAUUUUGUUUUCCAAAUCUCCUCUAUUUUUAACCUCAAUUUUACCAUUUGGAAUGAAUUUGUGAUAGUCCUGAGUUUGGAUAAUAACCAUUAUUAUUUUGGCUAUUUUACUUAAAUUUUGUAGUUUGUAUUUUUACUCACUAAAAUGUGGAGUUUAGUGAAAAACCCUGUACGUUUUGUGUUUUUCGUGGAUUUAUUCAAAAUGUUAGCAAAAGAGUUGAGACUGUAAUUUCCAAAUUUGUACUUUUUGUUUGACAUUUGCAAUUCAGAUGUUAAUUCACUACAAGUUGCAGUUGGUGAAUAAACCUCUAAUUAUUUACGCUCUAAUUAUAAAUAUAAUAUAUCUUACUCCAAAAUAUCCCUGGCAUUACUGAAUCUAUUGUAAAAUCCUUCCGUCUCAAGCCUUAAAAAUAUGUACUCGCCUUUAAUGAUCUAAAGGGCUAUACCCCUCAAAUCAUACAUAUAUUUUAAAUGUAAUCGUUUUGUAUAACACUUGAGCAUCUUGCUAAAUUCAAAAAAUAUGAAUGUACAGUUUUAUAAUUUAAAAUAUAGUGUAAGCAGCGUGAUAAUGUUCGCUCAUCAUGAUAUUCCUGAUUUGAACUUUCUUUUAAUAAUUACUUUAUAAUGGUAUAUUAUCAGCUGGUGUAAUAACAAUGUUCGUUCAACCAAUACAUUUGUUUCUGUUCUUGUUUAUAAGUUGAGCAAAUGGCAAGUGCUCAUUGAUUUAUUUUUUUUCUUUUAUUACAGGCAUGCAGAAUUGCCCAGGAUUUAACACAAUAAACGGUGAAUAAACAAAAUAAUUUUGUUGUCCUGAGUUUAGGAAGAUAUUUAUCUGCGAGUAUGAUUGCCUUUGGGGGUUUCCAUCCAUGAUAAGGGGAAAAUCAAACUCCUGAUGAAAUCAUGGCCAGACUGAACUUUUGGAUCAUCUUUUUGACCCUCGUGUUUCUACUUGUACAGUAUCCCCUACGUGUUCCAGCAGCAUCCAAAGCCAUGGUUUGCCAAGAAAUAACUGUGCCCAUGUGCAAGGGCAUUGAAUACAAUUUAACUUACAUGCCCAACCAAUUCAACCAUGACACUCAAGAUGAAGCAGGUUUGGAGGUUCACCAGUUUUGGCCUCUUGUAGAAAUCCAAUGCUCGCCUGACUUGAAAUUUUUUCUCUGUAGUAUGUAUACACCUAUUUGCAUGAAAGACUAUGAAAAGCCUUUGCCACCUUGCAGGUCGGUGUGUGAGGGUGCUAAAGCAGGCUGCUCGCCUCUGAUGAGACAAUAUGGCUUUGCUUGGCCAGAGAGAAUGAACUGUGACAAGUUGCCAGUGUUUGGUGACCCAGACAACCUCUGCAUGGAUUAUAACAGGACAGAAACAACAACACUUCAACCCGUGUUUCCAAAGCCCACCUACCCAUCAAGGGGUUCAAAACACUUGACUUCUCUGCAUAGUCAUAGACAACAAAGCAGGGAUUGCGAUGGUGUAUGCAAAUGCAGGGAACCUUUUAUCUCUAUAACAAAAGAAUCCCAUCCACUCUACAACCGAAUCAAGACAGGCCAGGUCCCCAAUUGUGCCGUGCCAUGUUUCCAACCCUACUUUACUUCGGAUGAGAAGACCUUUUCCACUUUUUGGAUAGGGCUGUGGUCCAUCCUGUGCUUCAUCUCAACCUUCACUACUGUAGCUACAUUCCUGAUUGACAUGGAAAGAUUUAGAUAUCCAGAGCGUCCUAUAAUCUUUCUAUCUGCCUGCUAUCUUUUUGUAUCCAUAGGCUAUAUUAUACGACUUAUAGUGGGGCAUGAAAAUGUGGCCUGCAAUAAGGACCACAUAUAUUACGAGACCACAGGGCCUGCACUAUGUACCGUUGUAUUUCUUCUCAUUUAUUUCUUUGGAAUGGCCAGCUCAAUUUGGUGGGUAAUCUUAUCAUUCACAUGGUUCCUGGCUGCAGGCAUGAAGUGGGGCAACGAGGCCAUUGCCAGUUACUCUCAGUAUUUCCACAUGGCUGCCUGGCUAAUACCAAGUGUCAAAUCCAUAGCAGUUCUAGCUUUAAGCUCUGUGGAUGGAGACCCUGUGGCUGGUAUCUGCUAUGUAGGUAACCAAAACCUGGACAAUCUACGUGGGUUUGUGUUGGCUCCCCUGGUGGUCUAUCUUUUCACAGGGACCAUGUUUCUCCUGGCAGGUUAUGUGUCCCUCUUUAGAAUAAGAAGUGUUAUCAAAAAGGGGGGCACAAAAACAGACAAACUGGAAAAACUGAUGAUCCGUAUCGGUAUCUUUACUGUACUUUACACUGUGCCUGCAACCAUAGUUGUUGCAUGCUAUAUCUAUGAACAGCACUAUAGAGAGCACUGGGAGAAAUCCCACAACUGCUCUUGCCCGGGGGACAAAAAGAGAACCAGGCCUGAAUAUGCAGUUUUUAUGCUGAAGUACUUUAUGUGCCUUGUGGUUGGAAUAACCUCAGGUGUCUGGAUAUGGUCUGGAAAGACUCUAGAAUCCUGGAGACGAUUUACAAGUAGAUGUUGCAGAACCACCAAACCAAUGAAUGCCUCCGAUUACCGUCAAGCUACCACUGCACUGACUGGGAGGACUCCAUUGCCAAGCUCUGCUUUAUACCACAAGCAAGUGCCACUGUCUCAUGUGUGAAUAGACACACACCACAUUGUACUGCAGAACAUAUGGACUUCCCUUCAGACUCCACACAUUCUUGGUUUAGUUUACAUGUCCUGAGACUGCUGCUUUUGUAAAGUUUUGCUAUCAAUACAUUGACUUUGGGUAACACUAAAAACAUUUUUUGUUUAGGUUUAAUUUAAUAUUUGCUCCUGAGGCUAUAACAUGGGAAGAUCUUUGUUCUUCAGAGAUUCGUGACUGCCAGAAAGACCUAAAACAAAUGCAUUCUAGAACUUUCUGGCAGUGAAUGGGUUCAUGGGUAGACCAACUCCCAACAUGAGCUAAUGGAAGUCCUAUAUAUUUAAACUGCCAAACCAGUAACGUGGGCUUUAAUAUUACCAUCAAAUUCUACUUUGUUUUUCACUUUUUGUCAUCAUCUAAGGUACUUCAAUAGGGUAUAAGAACUGCACUCAUAACUCACACUUGGCUAGUUUCAAAUCAAUACACUGCAUCAUUCCAGAGGGAUACUUUGUAUUAGGGGUAGCAAACAAGAUGGCUGCUAUGGCACAGAUGGAGUUAUUCAAUAGCUAGUGGGCUACCUUUUGUCUGUUCUACUUCAUACACAUAGCGGACACUAAAUGGGACUAGGGAACACCUUCACACGUGUUAAUUGGGAGUAUUAACCCCUAAAUAACCUUUGGAAAUGUUGGCAAAUGUUUAAUACAUGUAUCUUUAUAGGUAUAAAACAUGUAUAUCUAUCUGCUGUGCAGCUUUAAUGUUUUAAAGAUUAUAUUUUCACCUUUCAAAGUUAUAGGGAACACUACUAAGAAUUUUCACCAUAGAUUUUUUUUUUUUGUAUAUUCCUUUAAUUGUUUAACUACAAAGAGUAUAGUUUACUCUAAAGGCGUGUGUCGAUGUUAGGUGAGUUCUGAAUGCUGGGUAGCAAGGUAACAAUUCUCUGGAGUAUUUGCAGUCAUUCAUUUAACCCAUUAAAUGUCAAAAGUGACACCUAACUAAUGCUAGUUUGACCCUUUAUAUCCAGGGUAGGGUGUGUAGGUGGUCAGAAAUGUUUGCUUCAUAUACCUUCACUGCAAAAACUUAUCCAGUAUACGAGUAUAUCACUAUAUUUUACUGUCUGCAAUAUCCUCCACUUCUGGUUGGCAUAUAGAUAGUUAAUAUCGUACGGUAUGGAAAAAGCUCUGCAGCACUGUGUAAUGGUUUUUGUUUGUAUAGUGUGGCAUUAUCUGGAAAGUGCAAUAGUCUGCCGAAAGAAAAUGGCCACUUAUUGUCCUGCUGAAGUGUUUGCAUUGACAUUCCUUGUACACAUAAAGAACCUGUCCCGCCCCAACUUUUUGCAGGCUGUCAGAAAAAGUUCCUGCAAAUUCCACGUGUUCCAUUGUUUUAGCAUGAAUUAUAGCUUUUAGCCUCCCAAAUAAUAAGACUGAAUAAUAAAGCCAACCAAUGAAACGUAAUCUUAUUGCACAGUGUUGGCAGAGCCAUUCCAGCUGUUAAUAUCAACAAAUCCCAGUAUGCUCAGUCAGCUUCUGUUCCCUGUAUUACAGCUGGAGUAGCAUAAAUGUCCCUUAUUUGGGCAACCUUAACUCUUUGAUUUCUGGAGUAGACUUAAAUGCUGUUAUUAUUUAUUUACAUAACUGCUAUUCCAGAGUUUGACAGACACAGUUGGUUUUAACAGUUCUGCUUACAAGUGUAUAAUCUAAAUUGAAUCAAAUCUUUUUGCGUUGUUUUACAGAUUGUUAAUUUAGACACUUCUAAAACUGAGCAGCGGGUUUUAAAGAUCCACACAGACAAUACAAGCUCAAUACUGAUAUAAUCAUGGCAGGAUACAGUGAGAGCUCUGCCGCUGACUUACAUACUAUAAAAUCAUACCAAACCCUAUGCAGGUUGCUUUGAAAUCCCCAUCCUUUUUGUAGUACAUCAAAGAACAUUGAAAAUGAAACUACCAGUAGUUGUUGCAUAGAAGAUGCUACAGUAUUGUCUUUUUUUUCUCUCAUGAAGAUGAGACCUAGUCAGCAGCUCCGUACAAUAGCUAACAAAAAAGCUAUUUUGUUUAAAAAAUAUAAAUAAAUGGCAUAUGGUGCGAGGACGUGGUGAUGGGCCUGUUUUGAAUCCUGUCGAAGCAAGCUUAAAGUUUUUAGUUAGAAAGUGGAAGUGAGUUUUUUUUUCUCAUGUUUUUGUGAUUUUAAUACCAUUUAUGUUACUUAAAAGGUUUAUUGUUUAUUUUAUUAUUUUCUUAAUUGGAAAAAAAAAAUAUUGGGUUCUUUACAUCCUAGACCAAGUGUGCCCAAAAAGUAGAUCCCACAGAUGUUGCACAACUCCCAUGAUGCUUUGCAUACCUUUAGAAUGAUAAAGCAUCAUGGAAGCUGUAGUUUUAAAGCAUUUGGGGAUCUACCUUUUGAGAACCCCUGCCCUAGAUACUUCUGAAAUCCCAUUUGAUAAAAUAUUAGCAACAUGCACAUGAAUGGCAGACAAUUAUGGGUUGUUUAGACCACAUCGUCAUGAUCUGUUUAACCCCUCAAGGACCAAACUUCUGGAAUAAAAGGGAAUCAUGACAUGUCACACAUGCCAUGUGUCCUUAAGGGGUUAAAGGGACAUUUAAUGUUAGACCUAAGCAACAAGGUGAAGCAUAUUAACUUCUGUGAUCCGAAAGGAAAUACCAACUCAAUUAGUUAUUUAGUCCUGCUGUCACAUGCUUUACCCAGAAACCUGAUAAGCUUUUUCUAGGCCCUUCAGUCCACUCCUGUUUAAGGAGGACAAACAAAUGGAGCGCCUUGUGCAAGAUUUAUGGUAUUUUCAUCUGACAGGCCAAAUGACUCAUAGAAAUAGCAUGAUUUAUUCACAACAGGGUUCAACUAGUGUUUAAAGGGACGCUUUACACUUAUAGACAAAGUACAUUAAUAAAUGUAGAUCACAUUAAAACAUACUGUGUUCUACUGGGUACAAUUUUGUAGCACUGUAAUGAGUGCUAUGUAUUAAGACACCAAAACUGUUAUUUUCCAGGCUAAAAAACUGUAAAUUGGGGUACAAUCGCUAAAACCUAAAAUGUGGGUACAGGUGAAUUGCCAAAAGCCUGGUGUGUUUUUUUUUCUUGCCUAUUUUGUGCUACUGUUUUAUUAAGUUAGACCACUCCAAUAUCUUCAAGGUUUAUUAAAGUAAACCAAUGGAAUUCAGCCAACUGUAAAUAUGGUGUAUCUGUCCCCUCCAUCGGGACUGAAAGCUUUACCCUACCUUGCUCUCUGUAACAAUACAUAUUGCUUUUCAGUUUCUACUUGCAGUCUAAACAUUCACUUGAAAUUAUAUGAAAUUCUGAAGGUCUCAGAUUGAAGACAUUUUGUGUACAACUGGUAACUCUUGUCAUUUAAACCAGGGAUUGGUCAUUCUUUGACCAUUGACUAAACAUUUAAUUCUGGAAGAUGUAGCUUUCCAGUAACUUAGAAGUCAAUUUUUAAUUCCUUACUCUAAAUCCAAAAAUAGUUUUAUAAAUUGUCAUUUUAAAUAGUUGUUGCAUCAUGUGAGGACACCAGAUUUAUUCACUUUUUUAUCCUGAUAAAGGUUAUAAGGUUCAAGUUACCAGGUUGGUUGCCUCCUGAUGUUCCAGGUGAUUGGCUCUGGGUUCAAAUCAGUACAUUGUGUACAAUGAUGUAUAUGAGACUAUUGCUUCAUGUACAUUUGGUACAUCUACGUACUGACCCUGAGUUACAUCUUAAUGUAACCAAAGAAAAACAUUGUAAACCUAGAAACAUGAUGCUUGCAAAGGCGUUAAUAUUUGUCUGAAAAGGAAAAAUAUAUACGUGAGUGUGUGUGUAUAUAUAUAUAUAUAUAAUAUCCAUGCUCAUGCGCACUCCACUUGAAGCCUAAAAAGGUUUUAAUUACAGUACAUGAUCAUACACUGCAUUAUCCAACCACAAUGCAAAUGUACCUCUUUUUUGGCAGAUACUACUGGUCCAAGAGGAUGGAUGUCCAAGGAAAAUGCAGCUGACUUAUGCAAUGUUUGAUCCUGUAUUGUAAUUAAAUCCCCAUACGUUUACCGAAGUAUUUGACUUUAAAGUAAAUUUAGUGGAGUCUGUGCUGAAUUUUUUAUGUUAUAUCUUCAGCAUCACUCUUAUAAAGUACGUACAAUUUUUUAAAAUAUUUUUUGUUACAUAACACAAGUGUUUACAAAGUCUUGUCUCACAGCUGCUAAAUGUAAACAAUAUCCUUACUAUUUAAUUUUUUUGAGUGCUCAUCCUACAGCUGAAAAAAUAAGCUGCAAACGCACAAAUCCAGAUAAGGAUUUCUUACAUUACGCCUCAAGUACAGUGGUUCGUAACCUCCGGGUCAGGACCUAAAAUUGGGUCUUAGUAAUGUGGGUCCCUAAUAGGUGGAAUGGGCCCGUUUUCAUUUAAAUAAUGUUGUAGUGCUAUCAAUCAAUUUGAGCUGGCCCAAUGGCCCAUUCAUUUGUUUUUCUUGUGAAAUAUGUUAAAAAGCAAAAUAGUACUGCUGAAAAAACUCAGUUUAACAUUUAAUACUAUCAUGAUCACUAAAGAAUCUUUUAGCUGAAGAAAAUAAGCCGUAAUCAUAAAUAUAUGGACAAUUUUUAUUCCAUUUUAAGCCACAGACUUUUAUUUUUGUAAAUAUUGUCAGAUAUACUUUUUUUUUUUUUUUUUAAACUGUUGUAGCCUAACCGUGAUCUCAAAGUUAAAACAUUGUAAAAUAUUGUAAUAUUGUAGUGGUUUUUCACAUUGAAAUCAAUGCUACUCAAUAUCAAACUGCUAUUCUGUGACACCGGUAUAUUACUGGUGAAAUCAGCUUUAUAUUGUUAAAGGGAAACUGCCAAAAUGUUGAUUUUUUUUUUUUUUUUUUACAUUUUUUUAUUUUGCUAGGUACAAAUUACUGCCCCAAAUAAAUAUAUACAUUUAAACUAAAGCUACAUGUAGCAGAUCUAUCAUAAGAGUGUGUAUAGUUAAUACUGUGAUAGAUUGAGAUUCCCACCCCUAUUUAUAUAUUUUAUAACUUGGCAUUUAAACUACUUCUUUAGCAGUUUAGUAGAAAACAAAACACAAUAAGGGGCACACCUAGCAACCUUGUCUUGCUGACUUCACAUGGACAAGAUGAUUGCAACUGCAUGUACGUCAAAAAAAGCUAGUGGCAGGGUACACUGCACAUCUUAUAAAGAUAAUUGUCCUAGUUUAAUUUCAUACUCCUGCCAAAGCAACAUUUAUUAUACACAAGCACUUAUAUAUAACACCUGUAUCCUGUACAUGGACAAGGCUCUGGGACCUGAUUCUUCAUUCCCUUCUAACAAUAAAGGGAAUUAAUAUUGUUUGAAAAUAUUUUGUACCUAAAAUCUUUCCUUUUGUGUUUUGUUUUGUUUUCUUUACAUGGAAAUUUUAUGUUUGUAAUAUAGUUUGUGUUUUAUUUUGUGUAAAGCUAAAGUCUGAAUUUAUUAAAGAAAAAUGUAU